CAGAAUCAAAAUAGAUUUCUUGUGAAUAGUUCACACAAAGUUUACAAAUUAUUUAUUUAUUUAUUAUUCGCAAAACAAAUCGAAAGUUUACAAAAUGCGUGUCCUAGUGUGUUGUGUUUUGUUGGCAGUUGUCGCCAUUGCUGCUGCUCUACCUGCCAAUUUGGAGGAUAAGGAAGUGCCACAAUCUCUAUACGAUGUAGAUGUACAAGGUCAUGAAAAUGUUGGUGAUCGUGAAGCUCGUCAAUUUGGUUAUGGAGGCUAUCAUGGCGGUUAUGGUGGAUAUCGCGGCGGUUAUGGCGGUUUCGGUGGUGGUGGCUACCGUGGUGGUUAUGGCGGUGGUUAUGGAGGCUACCGUGGCGGUUAUGGAGGCUACCAUGGCGGUUAUGGUGGCUACCGUGGCGGUUAUGGAGGUUUCCAUGGUUAAAAGCUUAUUAUCUCGCCUUAACCAAAAAAAAAAAUGCUCAAUAUUUGUAUGACUGUAUUAAUUGUGAUCUUUGAAUGAAAAAAAAAAAACAUAAAUAUAAUUUGCCUUUUUUGAAGGACAAACUUAAAAAAAACAAAA